AUGAAGUUCGCGUUUGUAUUAUUAUUCGGUCUCAUGUUCGGACUCGUUACAGGGACUGAGGAAUAUUCCGGGGACAAGGAAUAUUACUCUUCCACGUAUGAUAACGUAGACGUGGACGCGAUCCUUAGCAGCGAACGUCUUUUAAAGCAAUAUUUGGAGUGCAUUCUCGAUAAUGGCCCAUGCACCGCUGAUGCACGCAAUCUUAAAUAUGUAUUGCCAGAAGCAGUGGCUACACGUUGUGAAAAGUGCACCCUGGCGCAGAAGCAAAUGGCAAGAAAGAUAUCCUUUCACUUGAAGGAAUACAAACCAGACACCUGGUUAGUAUUUGUCAAAAAAUUCGAUCCUAAUGGAAUACACAUCACAGCUUUUGAGGACUUUCUGAAGCAGCAGGAGGAAUAAUGUUUGCAUUG